UCUGUCUUCUUCAAUACCAAUACUUUAUUCCAGAAUUAUCCCCACCGCCUUAUCUUAUUUACUAAUCAAACCUUCCUUAAACCCCACCUCUGGGCUCUGUUUCUGCAUAUAUAUAUAAACCCUUUAACAAUUACUAUUUCGGAGCUCUGUUUUUUUCCAUUUUUUUUCAUUUUUCAUGUGUUUGGUAUGCCGGAAAUUGAUGUAUUAGUUGCCGGAGUUUGAGAAAAGAAGUCCCUUUUCCCCUUUUUGUGUAAUUUCAUGUAUUGGGUUUGUUGGGUGUUGACGGAUUUGUUGCCGGAGUUUGAGAGAAGAAAACUCCCUUAUCCCCUUUUUUUUUUUUUUUUACUUGUUGGGUUUGCCGGGAAUUGACGUAUUGGUUGCCGGAGAUUGAGAAAAGAACUCCCUUUUCCCCUUUUGUAAUUUCAUUUGUUGGGUUAGCUGGGCGUUGACGUAUUAGUUGCCGGAGUUUGAGAGAAGAAAACUCAUUUAUCCCCUGUUUUUCCAUUUUUUUACUUGUGGGGUUCGCCGGGAAUUGACGUAUUGGUUGCCGGAGUUCGAGGAAAAGCACCCCUUUUUUUUUAUCUGAUUCAGUUAUUGGGUUUGCAGGGGAUUGCGUGUUAGUUGCCGGAGUUCGAGAAAAAAAAACACCCUUUUUCAGCUGAUUCAGUUAUUGGUUUUGCCGGGGAUUGCACGUUAGUAGCCGGAGUUCGAGAAAAAACUCCCUUUUUCAGCUGAUUCAGUUAUUGGGUUUGGAAGGGAUUGUGUGUUAGUUGCCGGAGUUCGAGAAAAAACUCCCUUUUUCAGCUGAUUCAGUUAUUGGUUUUGCCGGGGAUUGCGUGUUAGUUGCCGGAGUUUGGGUGUAUUCAGCUUCCUACCAUAUCUCACUUGUUUGGUUCACUGGAAAUUGACGUGGUAUUCGCCGGAGCAAUGGUGGAAGGCGGUGCAGGACCAGAGUUUUCGGUGGUAUUUUACGACGGAGAAAGAGAGAUGAACAUCGGAAGUAUACGCAUAUACCCUUUACUAGAAUUCAAAGCAUUUCAAUUGAUGUUAAGCCAAAGAAUCGGAAUCUCACCAAAUCAGAUUUCAAUUUACUUGUGUGAUCGGAAAACCUCAAAGUUGGAAGAUCGACGACGAAUCCCCAUCACCGGUAAAGCUAAUUUCAGUUUAAUUGCUCGUGAAAUAGACUGUUUCUUUCUCGUGGUUCUAAAACGGUCGCGAAAAUCACGUAAUCGUAAGAUUAUAAAACCCGGUGGUGGAUUCGUUACGGAGAAUGAAUCGUUCUCCUCCGUAAAGCCACCGCCACCGGGUAAUCCCAUUCUCCUCCGACGAACCCACCCGAAUCAAUUCGGGUCACCGUUUUUCGAUCAAAUUUCACCGUUAGAACUCGAAAAUUUGAACGAGAAGUUGCAGAGUUUGAAGAUUCAGAGAGAAGAAUACAAUUACUCCAUGGGUGUAUCCUCAAUUCCGAUGCAUCGGAAUAAUCCAUUUCCGAGGAUACAAGAUACGUUUCCGGUGAAGAUGAAAGCUAAAUGUGAGCAAUGCAGAAAGGGUAAUAAUGGAAAUGAAGAAAUACCCAGUUUUCAUCACUGCAAGAAUGAUCCGGUGAUCGUCGGAGUUUACCGGAGCCGGUUUGGACCGGUGUCACCGGCCGGUUUUUGUUAGUUUACCGGCGGUUUAAUUGCACACGGUUUUUUUUUUGGAGCAGAAGAGAAGGAAUCUGCUGCAUUUGUGGUAUAUGGUAAGGAAGAUGUACCAUAAUAUUAGUUUAUAAUUAGGGAAGUGAUUAAGGAAAUUGGAUUAGUUUGCCACUAAAUAAGUUUUUUUUUUGUUAAAUAUAAAAUAGAUUAUUCACUAUAUUGGUUUCUUUUGGGAGUUUGAUGAAAUGUAAUAUGGAGAAUUUUUCCAUGAAUUGAAUUUUUCAUAAAAUAAGUGUGAAUUGAUUUUGAAAUUUA